AUGGCGUCCUCCUGGUUCCCGUCUCCCAGGAGAGAAAACCGAGGGAAGAGGGCACCGCAAGAGAAAAGGGUAGAUGAGCUAGUGUACAAAUACUACAAAAUCAGCCGGCCGAACACUAACGAUAUCCUCCGUGACAUCCUCAAAAGCCCGGAACAGUCAUCGCUUCUCUUCAGUGCGCUUCGCCGCCAGGUCUCUCUGAUCAAGUGCCGCUCGCAGGCUUUUGAGGAUGGUCAGAUAACAACCUACGACCGGGCACUCGUGAAACUUAGCAGAGACGGAGAGAACCUGACUGAUACGGGUGCUCUUGAGCUUUACCUAACCGAAUAUCUUGGAAUUGUCCCUAUGACCCCGGUUUGCCAGGGUAAGGAUAUACUCGCUAGACACCUCGAAUUGGAAAGUGUGCUAAGAAAAGCUUCCGCGCCCAGCACCAUGUCAGAGACGGUGGUUCCUAAGCGUGAAGAGCCGCCUGAGACAAUUUCUAAUGGCCAGAUGUCGAUUCAAUCUGAGUAUGAGCUUGGAGAUCCCGAUGAUCUUUUUGUCCCGGAAGAUCCUGAUUGGAACAUGGGCUCGAUCAGCCACACGCAGCAAGUCCUUGAUCGAGUUGGUAGGCUCUUGGACGUUUACAACGGCGCUAAAGACGAGUACUACAAAGCUUUGCAAACCGAGGGGUACGUUAGCAUCGACAAUGCCCGUUUUCUUCGCGACACGGCCGAAAACGCUCUCCGAUAUCUUCAGGCAAACGGGAUGUCUGACCAUACUUCUGUCCUGGACUUGGAGCAGAUCUUCAAGACUGCCAGGGACAAAGCGACAGAGCUUACCGGCGGUCGGAAGAGACAUUUCGAUGAAGGUGCUGAGAGACUAUAUCGUAGAAGGAAGCGUCGGACCGUCGACUCGUAUCGUCCUAAGAAAUGA